AUGGCUGCUAAUAAUGCAUACCAAUUGGAUCCCGAUCCACUUGAUCCGUGUGUAUUAACUGAACAGCUUACUCAUAGGUCACGAGAUAUAUGGAUAGGAAAUGAUAAUAUGAUUUUGAACACAAGGAAAUGUGAUGGGAAGUUUUGGGACUUAGUAAAUAAACAUCCUAUCCAUCCACGAGUUCUAGAUGUGAUUAAAUUAACCGGAUUAUAUGGUGUUUAUAGAUCUCAUAGGCCUGUUAUAGAUCGUAGUUUAAUCACUGCACUAGUUGAAAGAUGGCGUCCUGAGACUCAUACAUUCCACUUUAGGACGGGUGAGGCUACGAUCACCUUACAGGACGUGGAGAUAUUGUAUGACUUACCCGUGAAAGGUAAUCCAGUAGUUGGGUAUGAGCCACAAAGGUCCGUAGUUGAUUGGCAAAAUAUUUGUCAAAGAUUAUUAGGUUUUACUCCACACCCUCAAGACUUUAAACAUAGUAGUCUCAAGGUCUCUGCGCUUAAUGCACACUUGCGACUUCAGCCACGGUUGCCUAACUUGGCAACACAUGAUAUGGUCAACGAGAAGGCUAGGUGUUAUAUGUUUUGGAUGAUUGCUGGUUUAAUGUUGGCAGACACAUCUGGCGGUCUUUUAAAGCUUAUGUACUUGCCUAUGCUGGAAUAUAUCACUGCAGUAGGGUCUUACAGUUGGGGUAGUGCAACCCUAGCAUACUUGUAUCGCUUUCUUUGUAAAGCCUCCCAAAGUACCCAAAAUGAGAUUGCUGGAUUCCUACCACUACUUCAGAUUUGGGCAUGGGAGAGAGUUACCGUCCUUAGGCCUCAGAUUGUAGCACAAAGAGACACGAGGAAUAUUUUCCCUGUUGGUUUACCUAGGGGUCCACAUGCUGCUAGAUGGUUUGUACAUUUUAGUUGGACCGACACUACCAAACAUGUGUUAAGAGUUUUCAGGGAUGCGCUUGAUUCCAUGACAGAAGAUCAAUUUAUUUGGGAGCCAUAUUCUUCUGACAUAAUUGAGAGUCUUCCUGAAUAUUGCCGCUUUGGAAGAGAUAUAUGGCGUGCUAGAGUUCCAAUUUUUUGUUGGGAUGUUGUGGAGGUUCAUUUACCCGAUCGAGUUAUGAGGCAAUUUGGAUUGGUACAGGCGAUACCAUCUCCAUUUCCAUUUGACGCUACGCAUUUUCACCAUGAUCGUUGAGGAAGACCAAACACAAAUUGGGAGUUAGAGCAUGCACAAUGGUUGCAUUUUUGGAACCAUAUUGACCAAUAUGUAUGUAAUGCACCAAUCCUUCAUGGAUCACUUCGGUAUGAUGAUCCCUACCUUAUUUGGUUUAGACGUAUUACUCGUUUUAUCAUUGGUAAUCCUAUUUCGAGUCCUCAACAACAACAAGGUUAUGUGCCUAAUGCGACGGCAUAUGA